CAUAAAAUACAUAAAAAACAUAAAAAACAUAAAAAACAUAAAAAACAUAAAAAACAUAAAAAACAUAAAAAACAUAAAAAACAUAAAAAACAUAAAAAAACAUAAAAAACAUAAUAAACAUAAAAACAUAAAAACGAAGAAUUGUAAUACAGAACAAUACCAUGCAUAACCGAGAAUAUGGAAAACCGAAAGGCAAAUAUAACGAACAAAGGACAAACCAAAAUGCAUAAAGUUAGAAGACCGACAAAUUUGAAGGAAGAAUUAACAUUCUACCUAGGCUAGUAUCGACGGAGACAAGCCCUGUAUAUCAAGUCGAGGAAUUGGAAAACAAGUUUUAAGCGAAGAAAUAAUCUUAAGCUAAAGAGUAAUCAAACUAUACACAUAAACCUGAUCGUCUCACUUUGCAAUACAAUAUGCGACGUUGGCUGCCAAUUCCGCCUCGGUAGAACACUCCUAAGUAGACAAGCAGUGCUAGUAAUUAUUUCAGCAAUGCACCCGAAUUGUUCAUAUCAAUCAUGAUCAGCUUUUUAGUAUCAUCAGCAACUAAAAUUGCCGUAGUAAAAAAAACAUUUAGGGCUUAAGGUGGUAAUCCACGUUUGGCUGCUCGGCACUUGAAUAAACAGAGCCAUUUCAUCAUGCAAUCGGUUAAUGGAUUGCCGUGACGCGAUUUUGACGUUUAGUAAAGUACCAACACUAAAAGACUUCUGAUAUAUAGGUUUAUACGGUACGUUCGAGCCGUACAAAAAUUAUUAAACAAUUCAAAUGUAGUAGUGAUCGCCGCUAGAGCCGCUAAUGAGUAUGACUGUAUUGAAAGAUCAUAAUAGACAUUUCAAAAUGACCGACACAGUUGUGACAUAAACAUGUCGGUUAUUUUGAAUUGCCUAUCUGAGAAUCUGUCAGUUCGGAGAAACACAGUAACGCCUUUGGUGGCAUGUUCUAUAAAUUAUACUUGUAGUUUACGAUGUACAUACUAGUAUUGAAAAAUUUGGAUUCUAGUGUAGUUAGAUCUAACUGUAGUUCAGUGCAUGCAGGCAGUUAACGGAUUUCUUCUGGUACGAAUCCGUUAACUGGGUGCUCUGCAGCAAACAGUAUUAAAAAUAUUUACUCCUUUUUACUUAGGAGUAUUUCCGAUUUCUCCUGGUACUGCAGUAUACUGGAACAAAUCUAAUGACACGUAUGUCUUCUUUUAAUAGCUAAGCUCAGCUAUUCAAGUACCGAGCCACUUAACAAUCAGCUGUCACUUUAUUUUAAAAAAGAUAAUACAAUACUUCGUGUUUCCCAGUUCUUGUACUGCGAAAAGUUAACGUAUAUUUUGACAGCUAUCUCAAAAGCCAGGGAAAACACUAGGAAUCAAUACAUUUUUCGCCUAAUUUAGUGUUUUUAUUUUCGAUCUGUUCAAUGUUACUAUUCUGCCAAAAACACUCACAUACAUCUUUGACACCGAUUUACCCGUCACUAUUUACUCUUCCGUUUCCACAAUCUCUUUGGUCCAGUCGAGUUUCGUUUCCGUGUUAUUUGUUAACUGAAUCAUUUACUAAUUUUCCCAUUUCGAUUUUUCUUUUCGGCCGAUUAUUUACCAAACACAUCCUGCUGUACAUAAACAAAACAAACAAUCACUUGGCAAACGUUUGUACUGCGAAAUGUCGAAACAACAAUCGAACCGCGCAACGAAACAAAAAAAAUCAAAACAAAACAAAACCAAAACACCCGUUCUCUCCCGUAUAUAGGAUUUAGCCACUAAGUUGUCUAGAAGUUUUGAUAUGAAAGAUGAAGGCGGAUCGCUGUUGGGAUCCGAAACAGGUGUCAGACGGCAUCAGUCGAUGCAGCGGCUCCCGAUGGACCAGAACGGCUCAUCGCUGGAGCAAAGCCAAGACCAGCCACCACAUAUAGUACCUGACCAUAGAGGAAAUCUACACAUCACAGUGAAAAAAUCGAAACCCAUUCUUGGCAUCGCGAUCGAGGGCGGGGCUAACACCAAGCAUCCACUGCCGCGGAUCAUCAACAUUCAUGAGCACGGAGCAGCGUACGAUGCUGGUGGUCUGGAGGUAGGCCAGCUGAUACUGGAGGUCGACGGUAACAAAGUCGAAGGAAUGCAUCAUCAGGACGUCGCCCGACUGAUAGCGGAGUGUUUCGCCGCACGCGACAAGAACGACAUUACGUUUCUAGUAGUCGAAGCAAAAAAAUCAAACCUAGAACCGAAACCAACAGCAUUAAUAUUUUUAGAAGCAUAGCAUUUGCUAUCCCUGCCGGCUAGCGAUCCGGAUAAUUCUGAAGUGCCAGAAAAAGGGAUCGACCUUACCGCUGAUAAAUUGAAGUAAGUUUUUCUGUUUCCUCCUUCUAUCGGUGUACCCCCCUCAAUCUGUUCGUUCUGUUGUGUUUAGUUAGACGAUGGUUUAGUUUAUUAAUCCAAGAAUUAUCAAUGUGCUUUAUUUAAGUUUCCAACGUUUUCUAAACGGAAAAGAUUGCGGGACUUUUGCAGCGUAGCAGAAAAAAAAGAAUAGGUGAAAGUCCUGCAAACCUUUCCGCUGUUUUGCUUACUUCUUAGUUUUUCUCAGAGUCGAAAAUAGCAUUAUAACACACACACAACUAACUACGACAAAUUGUAAUAACUUAGCUGCAAGUUAUAUAAAAGGUGUUGUAAUUUAGAGAGUGAUAUUCGUAAAGUUUAUUCGGAAAACAAAUGUUACAAAUGAUAAAGAAAUGAUGUACAAUUACACUGCCGUAAUUAUAAAUGUUGACACUCUUACUGAGGGAAUGAGAAAACAACCGCUUCUCUUUCUUCCCACUAUAGAUGUACCCUGAUACUUUAAAACAGCGCCGAUUAUUUUGAGGCUCUUCGACACCAGCGGAAUUCCUACAAAUCGUUUCUUUCAACGACAAGAAAACACAAUGUACGUUAGAAACGAGGAGAACCACAACACUAAUGCUGUUUUUUGCUGUUUCCAUUUUGAGUUUCUUGGUUUUGUUCACCAAAUGUUUUUAGUUUACUAUUUUGAGUUAACAAAAGAAAAAAAAGAAAACAAUCAGCAGAAAAGAUAAGAAUGAAUUCUUUAUUCGCGGUAAUUCAGAGAUAUUCUAGCCGUCAGGGAUGUUAAACCAGGUUAAAAAUCAUAAACACAAAAAACACUACCAAACCAAGCAAAAACAAAAACCACAACUGAUACAAUCCUAAGCAAAUCGUACAGAGCAAAUCAUCAUUCAACUCAGAUCUAGAUUUUCACGAAACCAUCUCAACGAAUUUACGCGGAGAACAAAUCCAUCGCGCGGAUGUAGGGUCAAUACUGGUAACUCGUUUUGAGGUAACGGUUGUGUAACGGUCGCUUGACAUUUUGAAGUGUCGCGUUCUAGAAUGCCAAACAGUGAAUCUCUCAACUAUUGCUCACCGCGCUGUUUCAUUGCGAGAUGAAGCUAAACUGCGUAUAUAGCGAAUAUGUACACCCAGAGCCAAGCGAACCGCGAUAACUGAGAGUAAUAAGUAGAUAACUACUACAAAAACAAACAAUCUGCAAUAACGUGUGAGAUUCGAGCAAAGUUGAACAAGAGAAAAACAAAAAAGAAACCGUUUGUUAUUUGUUGACUCGUGGAUAAGUGCGUUACUGUACAUACUAUUGUUUCUAGCUUAGCUCGCGCGAGUUUUACCGACAGGGUUGCGAACUGUAUACUGCUUUCUGCAAAAAUGCCGUCCCUGAAUACCGCAACAGGGCUAUGUUUGUCCUUGUUCCAGAUGUAGGCUUGUGCUGUGCGCUGCGUAAUAUUUCGAUUAUUGGUAAUCUCCGCUUUUAUUGCUCGUGUCGCACAUAAUAACUAGGGAAAACCACUAACUUACUGUACACAUAGACACAACACUGGACUGGUAAGCGAAACGAAAGUUCUGAUCUAUCUACCUAACAAAGCAAAAGGAAACCGAAAGUAUCCAAUAUAUUGUUUUGAAUGAUUUUGUCAACGACUUAAAGACGCCAAUUCUUCUCCUAUGGCGAAUGAUCAAUCGAGGCUAAAGCCCCAAUAAACUACAAUACAAUAUACCAAGUCUCCUAAUAUGUUUUUCCAUAAUCAUUUCUAGGAGAAUUAAGCCCUAAAUUCAUUAUACCAGAAAAUGCACUGUUAUACGUUUCGUCGUCCAUCACACAGCAGCCAUAUUUUGUCAGCAUCUACUCGUAGAGCUUCCGUGUCCAAGUUUUAGCCGUCGAUUGUUGCCGCUCAUCGCGGUUUGGGACUUCUGUACCUUGUAUGUAUGUAGUCCAGCUCACUUCAUUGCAUUCUGGACGUAGCUCUGCGACAUGCCGAUCUUUUUAGCCAAAUCACGGCUUGAGACGCUGGGAUUUGCUUUAAUCAUCCGCUUCAUCUUUCCCUCCGUCUUUUUGUUCUCCGGUCCCGGUUUUCUUCCAGCUCCUUUGCUGUGGUCCGACGUCAACCGCUCCUGGAACCGCUUCAACACUCUGGAGACGGUUGAAUGGUGAAUGUUCAACAUUUUUCCCAACUGCCGGUGCGACAGGUCAGGAAAUUCCAGGUGUUUGGAAAGAAUUUGUUCUCUCGACUCGCGUUGGUUCACCUCCAUUUUCGUUGAAUCGAAAAACACGACUUCGAGUUUGACAGCAUGUAAACAAUACACAUCAAUGAGAAAGUGUGCAAAAUUUAGUUGAUUUUUACCCAAUGGUAAAAAGUUAUGCCCUGUUGAAUGUGUCGCAAUAAUUUCGUGUUCGCCCUUUAAUGAGCGAAAUAAAUGUGUUUACAAAAAUCUCAAUAGCGCUUUUGAAGAAUUGAUGUUGAAAUAUAAUCUAAUAUAUUGUUCAAACAUGAGAACACACUACAGAUUUCGCCCAUCGUGCGCCAGAUUAAGGGAGUCUGAACAGCAAAGAUAACUCCGAACUCUCCUCCUCUAACCUCCACCAAGAGCCUGACGUUUGCCUGAUUCUCCCUGGAUUCCAUUUGAAGUGUCUUCUUCAGGGGGUGCGAUCUAGCUGGUCAUACCGUUCGCUGAUCUCAUUUCCGCAACAUCACUUCGUACAAGCGCUCCUCUCUGCGUUAACUAGUUGGAUGCCGCGGUCGAUCCAGCGAUUCCAGUUGGAGGGUGGCUUCACUGGGGCCCCGAUGACUCUAAACUGGUGGUUUGUUGCGAUCGGUGCUACUCGCAGUAGUCCUUGACGGUGGAGUUAGCCUACCUCGGCGAAGAGCUUCCCGUAGAAAGAAUGUCUCCCGAAACCGUUAACGAGCGCGUUAUUCUUGCCUCAAUGCUGUCCAUUAGAGUACCGAGGUCGGCUAAGCGAUUCCGGGUGAAGGAUCGAAGGUCCGGUUCGUUGGUACUCCGACGACUCAAGCCGGUGAUUCGCCAUCGCAGACUACUCGAAAUAGUCCCUGACGGUGGAUAUUUCCUACUGGGGAGAUGCCGAAAAUGGUCAUUGCGAUUCUGGGUGGAGGGUGACUUUCAGGUGCCCCGAUGACUAUUUGCCGGUGCAAGUUCAAAAUCUACUCGCACUAAUCCCCGACGGUGGAUCUAGCCUACUUCGACGGACAAAUUUCCUGACGUCGAAAGUUCUCUCGAAACGGUCAGGUGUCGGAAUCAGUCCUGCGAUUCUGGGUCGAGGAUGACUUCUGGUUCUCAGCUGCCCAGACGACCCAUUGUCGACGAUACGUUAGCGAUACGGUACCCCGACCACCCAAAGCUCUGCUACGUUUCUCCUCUCGUCUUCUUCAUUACAGCGCAGGCAGAAUCUGUUUAGCGUGUCCCACACUUCUUUAAAAAAUAUGGUUAACGUUAACGUCAUCACCGACGCUUGACGUCAUUUCGUUUCGCUCGUGUUGGAUCAAGAUGCUCAGGCGUUUCCUCCGCAUCGCCACACACGGUGUAUAACGGCGAUCCCGUGUGGCCAAACCUGUUUACAGCGUUAUCCCACUGAUGUUGCCACUUGCUAACGGUAUCAGCUCGGGCUCCUUUCGUGCCUCGAUCCCUAUAACACUCGCUAUCUUCUUCGAGUAGAUGGUUUAUGGGAAUCGUUACAGUUAGCUAGCUAGGCUCUCUGUAUUUUCUUCCGGACUCGGUGGCGACUUGCACGUAGCUCAGCAAUCAUCGAGUUCCAUCAGAAGGCUAGACUGCGACUGUACCUUGGUUUACCUUCUCUAAUGUCGUUAUCAUUUCAUCUGCACUGAAGCACUGAUUAUUGUCUUCAAGCGUUAACGUGUCGACGAAAACUCUCUUCCCGAACUUCAUUGUUUUCGACCUUCGGUCGUUUGAUUGGGUCCCAUGCGCUUCCAACUGCCUAUUGCUUCCAAUAGUGCACCGAAUCGCUUGGUGGUUACUGUGGGUGUACGUUCACCACGCUUACUCUCCAGUUCAAACUCCCUGCUAACCCGGGGCUGCAGAAUUGUUGGCAACCCCUACGUUCAGCUUUGUGAAGGCCUCAAGUAGACCGGUCCACCCAGGGUUGAUGAAUCAACCACCACAUUCUACUGUCCAAGCUUUUAAAUCGCUUGCUAUGACGCCUGGUCUCUGAUCGGUAAGCACUUCUGUCAGCUUGUCGAGCAUUUCUGUGAAUUGAUCGAUUGUCUAUUGCAUAGCAGUAGAAGACUCCAUUAAUUUUGGUUAUAACGAAGCCUUCAUCUGCGCGAUAGACCAAUUUCAAGAUUGCCGCAACAAGUGUUGUGCUGUGUCGCAUUGGUUGAGGUUGAUUUGCGGUAUCUCCACUAAGACAUCGUUGCAGUCCCCUGUUUGAAGGCCGGCCAUCGUGGGACGCAGAUCAGACUGUUUUCUGUUUUCUUCUCUGCACUAUCUGCAUAAGUCCACUACAGUUGCUAGCAAGAUGGUCGAACUCUUGCCACUUAAAAAACACUUUCGGUUAUUGAGAGACACCUAGUGGAUAUACCGAUCAGUCUACUUUGAUUUUCCGGUUUCUAGAGCAGUUGUCGGGAGCUUCGUUGUGUUUUUGGAACCUCCUGGUCUAACCUGGUAAAUUUGCAUUAUUUUUGGCGGUGCCAGUGUUCGUCUUAUUUCCAAGAACUUGUUGUCCGCCGAGUUCCUAAUUUAAAUAAAAAUUGAUAAUUUUGCCAUUUUAAAGCCGACUUUGAUGAUACAUAGAUCUUUUGGAAGGGGGUCGACUGUCAUAUUGUAUGUACUCUGUCAGCUGGUUGAAAUUUGUUCAGCCCGAAUUCCGAGGUAGAAGAAUAAGCGUUUCGA